GACGCCGAGGCGAGGUCGCGGCGAAGCAGAGGCGCCGGGGUUUCUGGGCCGGGCUUCUCAGGACCGGGCUGGAACGUGCAGCUCGUGGCCGGGACACUCUGUGCUUUGCGGGGAAGGGAAGUGGCGGAGCCCGAGGACCCGCUGCCGCUCGGGACUGAGCCCGCCACGCAGGCGCCUGUGCCAGCGUCGCCAUUGUUGCCUGUGGCCUUAGGGCCGCUCCGGCUGCCCGUCGGCCGGGUCCCAGCGACAGGUAUUGAUGUCCGGGCGCAGCGCGCGAGUGUCCGCGCGAUCAGUGACAGCCCGAGCCCGUCCACGCGCGGGCUCCCGUGCUCGUGGCCUGCGGGAGGGCAAAGACGGGGUGGAGGCUGCUGUGGGCCCAGUCCCAGCGUUGCGCGUCGCACGGUCCCCGACUCCCCCGCUGCACUCGCCCUCGACCCUGCGGCUGAAGAGGAGUAAGAGGCAGAGGGACUUGGCCGGGAAGGGGAGGCGACAGGAGGCAAGGCAAGGCUGUCGCAUCUCCUCCGCAGGGCCUUGUAAACAGUUGUCUUUGGUGGCACGACUGUGCCUGAGCAGGGCUCGGAGCUGGAGCCUGGGGACAGGUGGUGUCGGUUCUCCUCCAGAUCAGGCCGGUUCUAAGGUUUCCUUCGAGAAUCCUGGUUUUGAAUAUAUCCCUAAGGAACUGUCUCCUAUAGAAGCACUUAAAGGACUUCAAGUCACACCAACCUCUUCACUCUUUUCCAGUCCAACCCUCUGGUCUUCCCAGCCCUCUGAUAGUGAAAGGCUAGAAUCGGCUGGCAGUAACAUGCAACGCAGAUAAAUGGCUCGCCUUUUCCCCCUGACAGUUCCCUUGGGAACCUUGAGCACUGUAUUAAGAAGAAAUUCUCCUAGUUUCUUCCAAGUAACAGAUUCGCUCUGUUAUUGUUGAGAGUCAGUUCAGUCAUUACAGCUUCUGUAACAUCAGUGACUAAAAUAAUGAAACUAUUUUCUCUAUAAAAAUGUUUAAUUUUUGUUUCAACAGGUUAGAGGUUUAAUCUGUCGUUUUGCUUAGAUUCUUUGAGUCAUUGCCUCUGACACUACCUUUUUAAUAGCAGCUCCAUCCCCCACCAACCCCAAGCAGAUGGCAGUUCCCUUACAAGUCUAAGGAUAUAGGGGAGGAAGACAAGGGUCUCUUAUCCAUCCCUGCAAGUUCUGGGCUCAGAAUUUGUCAAUAAGGCUGCUAACUCUACCUUGAUUCUGUUCUGCCCUCGGCUGCAGCAGCCUUUGAUAUAGUGUCCUUGUGACUCUAGCAUGAGACUUCAAGCAGUUGGCUCACUACUGGAGAAAUAAAGGAUAUUGCCAGAUUGACUCUCCUGUCUGUAGCAAUGUUAGCCUCAAGCAAGAGGAUGAACAGUUCUUCACGUUCUCAAAUCCUUCUAAGGUGGAAGUCAGACAAGGCUCAGAGUGGACCCUACAAUGUUGAGAAGGAAAUCCUUACUUCGAGAUUCUUGCGUGACACUGAGACCUGUCGACAGAAUUUUAGGAAUUUUCCAUACCCAGACCUGGCUGGUCCUCGAAAGGCAUUGAGUCAACUCCGAGAGCUCUGCCUUAAGUGGCUGAGACCUGAGAUUCACUCAAAGGAACAAAUUUUGGAGCUGCUGGUGCUGGAGCAAUUCCUGACCAUCCUGCCUGGUGAGGUUAGGACUUGGGUAAAGUCCCAGUAUCCAGAGAGCAGCGAGGAAGCAGUGACUCUGGUGGAGGAUUUGACUCAGAUUCUAGAAGAGGAAGCUCCUCAAAACUCUACCCUUUCCCAAGAUACCCCAGAGGAAGACCCCAGAGGAAAACAUGCUUUCCAGGCAGGAUGGCUAAAUGACUUGGUGACCAAAGAAUCGAUGACAUUCAAAGAUGUGGCUGUAGACAUCACCCAGGAGGACUGGGAGUUAAUGCGUCCUGUGCAGAAGGAAUUAUACAAGACUGUGACGUUACAGAACUAUUGGAACAUGGUUUCUCUGGGACUUACAGUGUACAGACCAACUGUGAUUCCCAUAUUGGAAGAACCAUGGAUGGUGAUAAAAGAAAUUUUAGAAGGCCCUAGUCCAGAAUGGGAAACUAAAGGCCAAGCAUGUACUCCAGUGGAGGAUAUGUCUAAACUCACAAAGGAAGAAACCCAGACCAUCAAAUUAGAAGACUCAUGUGACUACGAUGAUAGAUUAGAGAGGCGAGCAACAGGUGGCUUCUGGAAAAUUCACACUAAUGAAAGAGUUUUCAGUUUGAAGUCAGUCCUUUCACAAGAAUAUGAUCCUACAGAAGAAUGUCUUAGUAAAUAUGAUAUAUAUAGAAAUAAUUUUGAAAAGCAUUCAAACCUAAUUGUACAGUUUGAUACCCAAUUAGAUAAUAAAACUUCUGUGUAUAAUGAAGGCAGGGCAACCUUCAAUCAUGUCUCAUAUGGUAUUGUACAUAGGAAAAUACUUCCUGGAGAGAAGCCUUACAAGUGUAAUGUGUGUGGGAAAAAAUUUAGGAAAUACCCAUCCCUCCUGAAACACCAAAGUACCCAUGCCAAAGAGAAAUCGUAUGAAUGUGAAGAAUGUGGGAAAGAGUUUAGGCAUAUCUCAUCCCUCAUUGCACAUCAGAGAAUGCACACUGGAGAAAAACCAUAUGAAUGCCACCAGUGUGGUAAAGCCUUCAGCCAGCGUGCACACCUUACCAUACAUCAGAGAAUUCAUACUGGAGAGAAACCCUAUAAGUGUGAUGACUGUGGGAAAGACUUUAGUCAGCGUGCACACCUUACCAUCCAUCAAAGGACACAUACUGGAGAGAAACCAUAUAAAUGCUUGGAAUGUGGUAAAACCUUCAGUCAUAGUUCAUCACUGAUUAAUCAUCAGAGAGUUCAUACUGGAGAAAAACCUUAUAUAUGCAAUGAAUGUGGGAAGACUUUCAGUCAGAGUACACACCUUCUUCAGCAUCAAAAAAUACAUACUGGGAAGAAACCAUAUAAAUGCAAUGAAUGUUGGAAAGUGUUUAGUCAAAGUACUUACCUUAUUCGACAUCAGAGAAUUCAUUCUGGAGAGAAGUGUUAUAAAUGUAAUGAAUGUGGAAAAGCCUUUGCUCAUUCCUCAACCCUUAUUCAACAUCAAACCACUCACACUGGAGAGAAAUCCUAUAUAUGUAAUAUAUGUGGGAAAGCCUUCAGCCAGAGUGCAAAUCUUACUCAACAUCAUAGAACACAUACUGGAGAGAAACCAUAUAAAUGCAGUGUGUGUGGGAAAGCAUUCAGCCAGAGUGUGCACCUUACUCAACAUCAGAGGAUUCAUAAUGGAGAAAAACCCUUUAAAUGCAAUAUAUGUGGGAAAGCAUAUAGACAAGGUGCAAAUCUUACUCAGCAUCAAAGGAUUCAUACUGGAGAAAAACCCUAUAAAUGUAAUGAAUGUGGGAAAGCUUUCAUUUAUUCCUCAUCACUUAAUCAACAUCAGAGAACUCAUACUGGAGAGAGACCCUAUAAAUGUAAUGAAUGUGAUAAGGAUUUUAGCCAGAGAACAUGCCUUAUUCAACACCAGAGAAUUCACACAGGAGAGAAACCCUAUGCAUGUCGUAUAUGUGGUAAAACCUUCACCCAGAGUACAAACCUUAUUCAGCAUCAACGUGUUCAUACAGGUGCCAAACAUCGUAAUUAAUGGAUAAGGGAAACUUCAAUUCAGUUUUGCAGCUUCGUUUCAAUUUUAUUUUGUGCAUUCUGUGUGUCGAAACAUUCAGAAGAAAUCCGAAGAAGUGCAAUAUGUUAGAUACCACUCAGCAGAAGUAUCAGAAGUAGUGGUAUGGAUAUAACCUAUUUAGAUUUAAUGUGAAAUUUAAGAAGGAAACUUGACUUCUUAACCUUAAUUUGAUAUGAGUUUAAUUCAUUACAGAAAGAAACCCUGUGAAGGGUAUUCAAAAACGUAACUCAUCAACUCUUUAUUUCAAGUACAGUCAUCCCUCAGUAUACUCGGGAGAUUGGUUCCAGGACCCCCCAUGUAUACCAAAAUCUACCCAUACUCAAGUUGCACAGUCAGCCUGGUGGAACCUGUGUAUAUGAAAAGCCCUACAUCUACGCAGGUUUCCCAUCCUUGAAUAAUGUGCUUUCAAACUCUGUUCAGUUGAAAAAAAAUUUCCAGUAUAAGUGGAUCUGUACAGUUCAAACGUGUUGUUCAAGGGUCAACUGUACAUCCUAAUGAGGCCUUAUAAGUGUAACUUAGGAAGGUGUCCAUCAAGUAGAGAUUUCACACUAGAGAGUGAUCUUAAAAUUACAGAAAAGAGAAAGCUGCUUUCAGGCCUUUUAUUCCCAGCUUUGAAGCCUUAAAAUAUGUAAAGGACUCCCUUCCCUGUUUUACUUCCCCUUCUCCCGUUAUGCCAUAACUGCCAUAUGGAUCCAGUAGGUUUGAAAAAAAAACAGUUGGAAGUAUCUUAAAGAUUUCUGUGUGACCACGGUUUGGUUACACCUUCCCUCAGAUAUGGAAAUAUUAAAGAGAAGCUUAAUGAAAGAUAUGUUAUAAUAGAAACUAAUGUGUAUGUAACAUUAGAUGUGUAGAGAUUUAGUUAAAUGGGCAAAAAUUAAAUGCCCCAAGCUUAAAUGAACUUUCAAUACACAUUAGCCUUGAUUUCACUAGGUUUUGACAUUCAAGGGCAUCCUGAAGGAAAAAAGUAGGUAUAAAAUAUACAGUUCCCAUUUUUUUCACCUGACUCCUAAAUUUAUACUUUAGGUUUCUUUGUGACUGUUUUACUAUGGAAAGUUCAUUUCUUCCACUGAAACACGUUUCUUGAGUGUCUGCUAUGCUCAGGUCCCAAACUUCCUAAUUGGAUCCUCUCAAGUCUUGUUACAGUGCUGAAACAGGUGGUUUACACAACAAACAGAUUUCUAGAGUGAUGAGAAAGUGAGGAUGUGAUAUUUUGUCAUGGGUUGAGCGUAAGCAACCUGCUAAAAUGGGUUGCCAAAUGCUACCUAUGUCCCAAGAGAAGGAAGUGGAAGUAAUAGUGUAGCUAUAUAAAUAAUGUGAGAAAAAAAUAAAUAAAGGAAAAUAGAUUUGAGUUCACUGCAGAAUGUGGGUCAGGGGAAAAGGUGAAAUUUUAAUGGAGUGAGGAAAACAUACAUAGAUAAUUGCUAUAACAUGAAAUGUAAUUGGACUUGCUUUGCCUAUGAAAUGAGAGUGGCUAAAUAAAAAAGAAUUCAGCCUGGUUAUUAGAAGAAACAAACAAAA